AUGGGCAGCAGAGCAUCCUUUCCGAUAGUUCCCCUAUCGGAGGACCGAGUUAUCAUGGUCACUGGUGCAAACUGUGGACUUGGGUAUCAAAUAGCUAAAUGGGCUGCGAUGAUGGGGGCUACUGUCAUUUUAGCUUGCAGAUCUGUGGAUAAAGCAAGAGCAGCAAUGGAGAAAAUGCAUGAAGAGUUUAAAGAAGAGAAAACAAAAGGGACAUCAAAUAUGACUGAAAAAUCUACAUUAUGUCUUGAAUUUUUGAAGGUUGAUUUAGGGUCAUUCAAAUCCGUGGCGCAAUUCUGUGAGGACUUCAAGAAAACUGGUCGUCCGCUUCAUGUUUUGGUUUGUAACGCUGCAAAGCUUUUGUCAGUAAUGAAACAGUCAGGUUUGGACUGCCGUAUCAUAUUCAAUUCGAGUAAAGCGGAAAGAUUUGCAAGUUUUGAUAUUGAAAACAUAAGUUUUACUGGUACAAAAAGAAACUACCCAGUUCAUUCAUGUUACAACCAAUCGAAGCUGUAUCAGAUCAUGCAAAUGUUCGCCAUGUCACGCCGCUUGACUGGGACUAACAUUACAGUAAACAGUUUACAUCCGGGUAUUGUUGAGACAGAAAUAUGGCGGUACAGUCAUAGCUGGAUGAAAAGGUGUUGGAUAUUCAUUGCACGAUGUUUCUGUCUGACUAGAACUCCUAUUUACGGAGCUACUUUUGCUAUUGACUUGGUAGUUAAUCCAAAACAUGCUGGAGUGUCUGGUCUAUACUGA